AUGAAACUGAUAGAGGUGGUUUUAUCAGCUUUUUUUUCUCUAAAUAAAAAAAGAACUUCUAAAGAAAUACAUAAGACACUGACCAAAUCUUUCAAACGACAAUCCAAGCAGAACAGUUGUCUGGAUGAUAGCACAGAUGAACUGUGACCGAGGAAGAAAGCUAAGUUGAGCACAACUGAAGCUCUAGUCCAGAGUUCAGAGAGAGGCAUGCAGACAGACAGUUGUUUAAGUGAGCUGAAACAACAUGAACAAGCAGCUCCAGAAUCAUUUUCCCUGUCAGAUCCUGCAACAUCAAUAUCAAAUUUUCUGAUAGGGACCAAACCCAUCCAGGCCUUGCUUGCCAAGAGUAUUGGAAACAAAUUGACCUUAACAAAUCAACUGCCACCUACCCUAGGCAUAAAUACUUCUGAAAAAACGGUUAUAUCACCCAUGGAAUCACUGCCAGUAAAACCAGCAUUGCCUUGCCAGACCAGUUCAAGGAGUCCUUUACAAACAGCAUACAAAAUGCCAGGUAGCCAUUAUGUACCAAUAGACCUUCACAAUAGCUCAGUGAAAAUUGAAAUGCAACAUGUGAUUGACCCUAAAACUGGAGAAAAAGUCAUGCAACUUAAGGAUUUUCUUAUUCAGCAAAACGAAGGAAAAAUUAUAUCCCUUCAGGACAUUAAAUCACUGAAACAAAAGUCUCCUGAACUGCACUGUACAACUUUCUCACAAGCAGCAAUUGUCAAUGUUUCUUUAACACCUGUCCUGGUAACACCAACUGCACAUGCUACCAAUCAACUGCCUAGUACAAUUUUUAACAAGAAUAUUAUGCAUCUGUCACAGCUAACUAGUCCUGUGAACAGACUGCAUCCACUGCAUUCUAUAACCUCAACAAGUAACUUAUUGUCAUCAUCAAUUACAAUGAGCCACUUUAAAACUGGCAAAACCAAGAGUACAGUUUCAGCUACUACAUUUCCUAUAUCUUUGGCUUUACCCACUGUUUCUACAGCUACUCAGGCUAUUACAUCAGCAAGAACAUUAAUAUGUUCAAGUUUUGUAUCAUUGAAUGAAUCCAUAGGUAUCGUAACGAAAGCUGUAACUGCUUUUACAGUAACAGCAGCAAAUGCAUGUUUGGAAUCUGUUUCAGUAACAUCAAAGGAGACUUCUGUUGGGAUACAACCUACCAUCUUGAUUGGUGGAAACAACACUUCAAGAAUAAGGCCAGUUUUAGCUAAGCAACAGUGUACAUCGAAUAUUGGAAAUACUGUGGGUAUAUCAACUGUAGAAACAAGACAUGCUUCAUCUGUGUUAAUUUCCACUACACAAACAACAAUGUCUCCUCAAAAGUUAUCAUCCAUUUUAGAAUUUCCAGCUGUUAGCCUGCCUGGAUCUAUAGCCACCUCCCCCAAAGUGAUACAUACAGUUCCUCACUUCACAGCAGUUCCAGCUCUCCCCUCACUUCUAAAAGACCAGCCACACACAUUGCUUCAGUUUCAGUCACCAGGAACAUCAGCUACUGUGAUAACUAAUGCAGAUAAUCACAAACCUCAAAAUGUAUUGUCAUCUACUUCACAAAAUACAGGUAAAGUCAUUAGUUUUCCCAACUUUUCUUCAAUACAAUGUCAUCAGAUGUCUCCCAAUAUAGUGAAACAAAGUCAUACUUACACUUGUUCUUCUGCUAUUCAGAUGGAUACACCUUUACUCACUGUAAAAAGCCAGGCAGGAGAUCAAUUGAAUGAACCUUGCAUGCAACAGAAAAUAAUUAUUAACAUUUGUAUGCCUUUGGCACCUGGAACUGAGAUAAUGAUUAAUGGUACCCAUUUUAUUGUUCCACCACAAGGCCUUGGAUCUGGCAGCCAUGUUCUCUCUUCUAGCGCAAAGCAGAAUCCUCUUCCUUUAGCUAUUAACCAUGGUCAAGGGGCUCAAGGUGUACCAAUUGUUAAUCCUAUACCCCUGAAUAUUACGCUAGCAUCAACUAAUUCAUUAAGUUGGCAAAUGUCAAAACAACCUUUGAUAAGCUCUACAAGAAUUGUGAACUCUUCUGGAUCUGCAAAUGCUUUGCCCACUGUACACGCAGUGCCCCAUAUAUUGAAUACUCAUGCUAGUGCGUGUGCUUCACCGUCAACAACACAGUCUGUGUCUUCAGUGAUAAAACCUCCAGCUAAUGUUUUAGUUGCAACUUCUUUGAUUUCUGUUAUGCACCCUGGGAAUUGUCAGUUAUCAAGUAACACUUCAGUGUUUGACUUAGAUUCAUCUAUCAAAAAACUGUUGGUCAGUCCGGAGGGAGCCAUUUUGAAUGCUAUCAAUACUUCAGCAUCAAAAGUUUGGUCACUACCUCCUGUUGUAGUGUCCACAAACAGGAAUCCUAUUACUGUCUUUCCUCCUUUUCAAUCAUCUUGCCUAGAUAAACCUGACAAAGCUGCAUCCUGAAUUUAGAGCAAAUGAGUCACUUACUUUGAAAUGUUGGGGACUUUGAAAGUGGUUGUUAUAAGGUAAAUCCUUUCUUAUUUUGUUUAAAUCAUAGCUGAUUUCUUAGAAAAUUAUUUUGUUAGGUCUUUUCUGUUUACCUGUGGGGCUUGAGGAGGAACAAUAUAUUCAGUUUCAGUCAGAGGUAUGCUUUCAGAGGAUUAAUAAAAUGGUCAGAAAUGACCAAACAAUUAAUAUAUGUGGAAAAAAAUAGUUUGAAGAAAUGUAGCCUUUUGAAUAUGUUC